GGGAACGGACCCAAGGCCCCGCCACCGCCCGCGAGCCGCCCGACAGCCCGCCUGCCUGGCGAGCGCAAGCGCUUCUUCCAGAAACUGCGAGGAUCCGAGCGCACUGUUUGUGCACCACAAGGGCCCCAAGUGAACGCACCAUCCCUCCAGUCUCUUCUUCCUCCGGCGGGUUGGGACUUGCAAAGCGAUCUAACAAGCAGAGGAGGAAAAUAACAACAGAAUAACUGUAAGGGGAAGAAAUGAGUAAUAAAGCCGACCCAGGCGGGGAGGAGGGCUUUCAUGUUUAAGAGACGCUAUUUGCUUUUUAGGUCACAGGCUGCAAAACAGGCUUUGAUCCGAAGUGGGCGAAUAAUUUAUUGAGAAAGUUUGCAUGGUAGGGGAAAAAAAGGGAUGUUUGUUUGAUCUGGAGUCCUCUCAGUUGUCCCAAGUGCUGUUGGGUGUUGUUUGGAGUGGAAAAGCAUUUGGUUCUACAGCAAAUCUCUCAGAGAGGGAAGUCCUCGCCCCAGGCAGCAGGACUUGAAGUGAAUGUUGGUUUUGAAACUGUUUGGCCAAAGGUCUCUCCAGCACUUUUGGAGAUGAAGUGUUUAAGGACAAAGUUGUUUGGACUUGGGAUGCAGCAAAUAUUUCCAGAACAUUUCCCAUCCAGCAUGCUUUUCCUUUGCCUAAAUUGCACAGCUAAAUGGCCAGUAACACUAAUCCAAGAGAGCUUCCUCUCGGCUUUCAUUGGCAGGUGAGGUGGGACUGCUCGUCCCAGCCCCCAAGGUGCACCCUAGAGCCUUUGACACUGACUGCCACUUUCUUGGGGUGGGGUUGAGGGGAGGGGGUGCAGGGUGUUCUGGUUAACUGGAGUUCCAAGUAACAGGGAGGUAGUUGUCUUAUACCCAAGAACGGGUUCAGUGACUUCCAGUACAAAUUCUUCACAACUCAUCCAGCAGGCUCCUUGCAGACCUCACGGUUAGUUUUGUCUUUAGGUGUUCCAGGGGAAGGUCAGGAUGGUGAGGAGGGGGUGCCCCUGGCCUGCUUUGUCCUCCAUCCACAUAGGACCCUGACUGUUGACUCAAAGUUUAGGAACCCAGGAAGAUUCUCAGAUAACCCAUAGGAAUCUGGAGCACCCCAGCCACACUCUGGGGUUGUAGGCCUGUGCACGGUAGGUGGGGGGGGGGGGCAGGGUGCACCACCUGGAGUCAGAUAGCUUGGGUUGGAAUGUUGUAGCUAUGCAGUCACCAGCUGUGGCAAUUGCUUUGUGCCUCACUUUCUUCAUCUGCAAGUGGGGUUAAUAACAACCCCUACCCCUUGAGUGUAUGGAUUGAGCAAUAUAUUGCAUAAAGAAGAUUAAACCCAAAGCCAGGCAUGUGGCUAGGCCAGAGAGCGAGCUCCCUUCUCUGAAGAAGGGAUCGGAAGGACCCUGCAGUUGCCAAUGGGCAACCAUCUGUGGGAGCGAACGGACUGAGCUUUGCCCUCUCUGAGGUGGAGGGUAGGGUGAGAAGGUGCCGAAGGACAAAGUAGACAAAGCCCCUUUCAUUCUUCCAGGACCCCCUAGGAGGAAGACCUUCAACACGUAGAUCAACAGACAGUGACUGUGGUGGUUGCUCUGCAGAUGUUGACAAACAGCGUUGUGGGCUCCCUUUAGAUAAGAAGGGAAGCAGCCAUCGUGCCCACUGGCAUAGAAGGGCUGUUCUGAGGGCUUCCUAAGUCCCCGUGUACCAAGGCAUCCUCCUCCUUCUGCCACAGGCCACCACGAGAUAAGGGGAAACCCAGGACUUGGCACAAACAGACUUGGAGUGGGUGGCAGUGGCAGGCAGCCCAUGGGAUCCCAAACAGAGAUGGAAGAGAAGAGGCGAAAAUACUCCAUCAGCAGCGACAACUCUGACACCACUGACAGUCACGCCACAUCUGCAUCACGAUGCUCCAAACUGCCCAGCAGCACCAAGUCGGGCUGGCCCCGGCAGAACGAAAAGAAGCCCUCAGAGGUUUUCCGGACAGACUUGAUCACAGCCAUGAAGAUCCCAGACUCCUGCCAGCUCAGCCCGGAUGACUACUACAUCCUGGCGGACCCAUGGCGGCAGGAAUGGGAGAAGGGUGUGCAGGUGCCCGCAGGGGCAGAGGCCAUUCCAGAGCCCGUGGUGAGGAUCCUCCCGCCGCUGGAAGGCCCUCCUACCCAGGUGUCCCCUAGCAGCUCUGAACUUGGCGAGGGCUCCCAGCCCGAAUGGCCUGGGGGCAGCCGCUAUGACCUGGACGAGAUUGAUGCCUACUGGCUGGAGCUCAUCAACUCGGAGCUCAAGGAGAUGGAGAGGCCAGAGCUGGACGAGCUGACGCUAGAGCGUGUGCUGGAGGAGCUGGAGACCUUGUGCCACCAGAAUAUGGUGCGGGCCAUCGAGACUCAGGAGGGCUUGGGCAUCGAGUAUGAUGAGGACGUCGUCUGUGACGUGUGCCGCUCUCCCGAGGGCGAAGAUGGCAACGAGAUGGUCUUCUGUGACAAAUGCAACGUUUGCGUGCACCAGGCAUGCUAUGGGAUCCUUAAGGUGCCCACGGGCAGCUGGCUGUGCCGGACGUGUGCCCUGGGUGUCCAGCCAAAGUGCCUGCUCUGCCCCAAGAGAGGAGGAGCCUUGAAGCCCACCAGAAGCGGGACCAAGUGGGUGCACGUCAGCUGCGCUCUGUGGAUUCCUGAGGUCAGCAUUGGGUGCCCGGAGAAGAUGGAGCCCAUCACCAAGAUCUCGCAUAUCCCAGCCAGCCGCUGGGCUCUGUCCUGCAACCUCUGUAAGGAGUGCACAGGCACCUGCAUCCAGUGUUCCAUGCCUUCCUGCGUCACAGCGUUCCACGUCACGUGCGCCUUUGACCAUGGCCUGGAAAUGCGGACUAUCCUAGCAGACAACGACGAGGUCAAGUUCAAAUCAUUCUGCCAGGAGCACAGUGACGGGGGCCCUCGGGGAGAGCCCACUUCUGACCCCGCGGAGCCCAGCCCGGCCAGCGAGGACCUGGAGAAGGUGACCGUGCGAAAGCAGCGGCUGCAGCAGCUGGAGGAAGACUUCUACGAGCUGGUGGAGCCGGCCGAGGUGGCUGAGCGGCUGGAACUGGCCGAGGCACUGGUUGACUUCAUCUACCAGUACUGGAAGCUGAAGAGGAAAGCCAAUGCCAACCAGCCGCUGCUGACCCCCAAGACCGAUGAGGUGGACAACCUGGCCCAGCAGGAGCAGGAUGUCCUGUACCGCCGCCUCAAGCUCUUCACACACCUGCGGCAGGACUUGGAGAGGGUUAGAAAUCUGUGCUACAUGGUGACAAGGCGCGAGAGAACGAAGCAUGCCAUCUGCAAACUCCAGGAGCAGAUAUUCCACCUGCAGAUGAAACUGAUUGAACAGGACUUGUGUCGAGAGGGGUCUGGGAGGAGAGCAAAGGGCAAGAAGAGCGACUCAAAAAGGAAAGGCCGCGAGGGCCCGAAGGGCAGCCCCGAGAAGAAGGAGAAAGUGAAGGCGGGGCCCGACUCAGUCCUGGGGCAGCUGGGCCUGUCCACCUCCUUUCCAAUCGAUGGCACCUUCUUCAACAGCUGGCUGGCUCAGUCAGUGCAGAUCACAGCAGAGAACAUGGCCAUGAGCGAGUGGUCACUGAACAAUGGGCACCGCGAAGACCCCGCUCCGGGGCUGUUGUCAGAGGAGCUGCUACAAGACGAGGAGACGCUGCUGAGCUUCAUGCGGGACCCCUCGCUGCGACCUGGGGACCCUGCCAGGAAAGCCCGGGGCCGCACCCGCCUGCCUGCCAAGAAGAAGCCACCACAGGAUGGGCCUGGCUCACGGACGACUCCAGACAAGUCCCCCAAGAAGCCCUGGGGCCAGGAUGCAGGCAGUGGCAAGGGGGGGCAAGGGCCGGUGGCCCGGAAACCAAUGCGGCGAAUGCCUUCCCACCUGCCGUCUAGCCCUGCAGCUGAGGACUGUCCCAUCCCGGCAGCCCCCGAGAGCCCCCCUCCUCUGGCCCCCGAGACCCUGGACGAGGCAGCCCCAAUGGCUGCCGACUCGAAUGUCCAAGUGCCUGGCCCUACAGUGAGCCCCAAGGCCUUGGACCGGCUCCGACUGCCCCGCGAAAACAAGGGAGCCCAGAGAUCGCCAGGUGCCAGGCCUGAUGCUGGGACAGGACCGCCCUCUGCUGUAGCCGAGAGGCCCAAGGUCAGCCUACACUUUGACACUGAGACUGAUGGCUACUUCUCUGAUGGGGAGAUGAGCGACUCAGAUGUGGAAGCUGAGGACAGUGGGGUGCAGCGGGCUCCCCGGGAAGCAGGGGCUGAGGAGGUGGUCCGCAUGGGGGUACUGGCCUCCUAAGUCACCCCUACCCCAUCCUGGGCCCUGCCCUGGUCCUCCCGUGAGGCCUCAGCCCAGUUACAACUGCCAUUUCCAAUCUCUGCUGAGUGUCUCAGACCCUUGAGACUGCCACUCUGUUGUGGUUUUAUUUUUAAUAUAGAGAGAGUUUUGAAUUCCACACUGUUGUCUUUCCUCUGUGCUGGCCUAGGACAGUAGGAUUCCUUCCACGGCUCUGGCCGCAGGGACCAUCGCAGGUCCUGUGCACCAUCCCUGCCUCGGCAGCGCCCCGCCCUGGCCCGUGCGGCAUCGCUGGGCUCCUGGCUAGAUGUAGGCAAGGCGAAGAAGAGCUCAGGACUCCAGCCCGCUGCCACUGGGUGACACAGACCGUCGUUUGGGCAUUAUUUCAUGGCAGAUGGGCCAGCCCAGGGCCUGCCCCGCCUUGCCCCCCAAAUCCCACUGGGAUCCAUUUGGGGGGUCCUGCUGCACUCCACUGAUCCCCAAGGAAGUAUAAUAAGUGAUACCCAGCCAGAGUCUACUCACUGUCACAAGCACAACGAGCUUAUACAAGAAAGCACUGAGGGGGCGCAGAGGGCCCGCUGGUUCCAGAGGAACCACAGCUGUUCCUGAUCAACCCACAUCUGAGGCCUGCCCGCCCACCCCGCGACCCUCCACUCCCUUGUUGCUCCACCCCUGCCAGUGCCCAGCCCGGCGGCUCUGAGAAAGGGUUCCUAGAAUCCUUCCUGAGCUGUGCCAUUUACUCAGGGGACUCCCAAACGGCCAGCUGCCAGUGCCGGUGGAGGGCUGCAAGGGAGGGCCAGUGCCCAGACAGGGGCGUGGGGCUCAGACUCACCCACGUAGAGAAUUGCUCUGGGGCUCCAACUUCCUUCCUUCCUUUGGGGCCAGUCUUGGCCGAAGUCUGGUCACUCCCGGACAGCUGACCUGACCAGACCAGACCAUUUGCCUUUUCAAAUUUUCCAGUCCUGCUAAGAGAUGAGCUUCUUCCUCGGUUUCCUUUUGGAAACUCCUCCUUCCAACAAGCAGUGGGAUCCCGGGGCCUGGGGCAGGCCGAGUUGGCCUGCUACGGCUGUUUGAAGUCUUGAGGGAUGUUCCUGGGUCCUCUGUCCCUGUGAGCCUUUACCCCCUCUCCUGGCUGUGCCCUCUCUCCCCACCACCAACCCACCUGCCGCCUUUUCCGUCCCACCCUCUAGGUCCCAGGUAUUUGCUCUGAAGAGUUUAAGUGGAGUGGCCCCAGGGUGAUAGCUCAGGGAACAAACAAAAAAGGAAUUCAGUGAAUACAUGGUUUUUUUUCUUUUAUGAAUUACUCCUGGGUCACUUCCGCCACUGGUGAAGCCAGAACUUCUCCAACAAGAACCUUGCAAAAGUCCAGUGAAUCAGUUGAAUCAUUCUAUGGAUGCCAAAGAAUAUUUUGACCAUAAUACAGCACAGCCUGGACCUGACAACUUGUCACUUGGACUUUUUUUUUUUAACGGAGUUCUUUAGCAACAAAGUGUAGAGACAUGUUCAUUGCACACAGCCAAGGAGAUGAGCCCAAGCUCUUGGAAGAGGUUGCCGUUUUGCCGCUGAACUGUUGGAAUUGGGAAGCAGGAACCAGCUGUUGGAUUUCAGAUCCUGGGCUGGGCCCACUGCGAGCUUUCCCAAACUCUGAGACUCACGGGGUCGGGGGGAGGGGGAGAGGCUGACCGCAAAACCAGCAUGGCAAAAGUCUUCACCAUGUGGUUCCCCCCGACACAAAUACACAACACUCAAAUCAGUGGGAUGGGGAGCAGCUUGACCACCCACCCCUGACUCCAGAACUUUCAAGGUACGACAGUGGCAUUGUCAUCGACACUCCUUUUCAUGUGAAUUUUAGCAAAACAGGAAGCAAAGAUAGGACUCAGUUCAGAAGAUCGGGCAAAUUGGUCCAGUUGGAGUGGACUCAGGGCGGGCUUCAAGGAUUCUGGGCGUUGGGAUGGCACAAAGUACCAUGUAGAGUUGAGUCUGCCUGCCUCCUUGGGAGUCACAGCCAGUGCAGUGUCCGCACCAGCGGCCCAACCCCCGUUCUCUGUUUACUGCCUUUGAACAGUCCUCCUCCCUUCUCUGUGCUUUGGGUCACAAUCUUGUCUGUGCUGGAUUGCCCGGUCUGACCUCACAGGAAGCCAGGGGACGAGCUUAAAGAACAACCAAACUCUGCCGGGGGUGGGGGUGGGGUGCCAGGAAUGGCUCGGGCCCAGUAGACUCAGCACUUGCCCCCUCACCCCUUCAUGCGUCCCGAGGCAGAGUCUCUGGGCUCCCCGGGGGCAAGAGAGAACAGGGCAGAGAAUGCAGCGUGGCUGGCCAGGGUCUGGUCUGGGUAGGUCAGGCAGGGCAGCCCACACUCUUCAGAGGGCCUCUGCUCAAGUUGGCCUCUAGAUUCUCUUCUGUGUUGGCUCUUGCCUUUGGACUGGACUCUCCCUGGGGCUGUGUCCUGCACAGGGCUAGCUGGUGAGGGAAGUGGGGGGCCUUCACUCCCAGGCCAGGUCCUAGAGCUUUUCUUGGUGGGCAGCUGUCCACCUCUAGGACGCCCAGCAAGGCUACGUGGAGGACAAGGAUGCUGGUCCCCACCACUGUCAUUUCCUCCAUUAGCCACAGCCGCUUCACUCUCUCUGGUCUACUGCCCACUGUAUAGACAGCUUUGCCACCCCUGGCGUUGAGGUUGGAAGCAGGGAAGAAGGCAGGAAGCCUUUUGCAGGCCAGAGGCUGAGGCAGAGGUCCUGCUUGACCGCAUCUGCCCCCACUCACUGGCCCUCUUCUUGGAGGGAGAAGCUGCUCUGUUACUCAUUCUGUCAUCCCCAUUCUCCCAGUCCUGGCUGCACGGCUCCUCCUUCCCCUCAUCACAGUGAGAAAAGGAUAAGGUGCAAGGAAAGUAUUUUUAUGCAUCAUAAAUGUAUUUUAAAGUGAGUAAGGAGAAGAAAAGUAGAAGGCUUUAUUUUAUUAAAUGAGCUCUCUGACUUUGUGACAGUGUGAGCGUUUGUAAUGUCGGGGUCUCGAUUUCCUUCGAAAAGCCACCGAGGUUUCCAGACAUGGAUGCCGGACUGUAGGUGUGUCUGUGCCAGGGCACAUUUCCUGUGUCCUUGUGCAUGCGUGUCUGUGUGUUGUGUAUGGGCACGUUGUGGGACUUGCUGGGGCAAUUUCUAGAGAAUCAACUGCCCACUACUAACAGACAUUGGCAGCAGCUGGACUUGGCAUUUCCUUGCUCACUGCCAGAUGUGGCCAACCUCUGCCCGUGCCCAGAGCUCUGCAGAAUGGUCUGGAUGCCUGUAGCAAGGCCCUUGGGGAGGCCACUUGCCGCACCCCUGGCCCAGCUGGCCACAUUGGCCAAAGAGCCAGGGCUGGAGCCUGGGACUUUUGGUUGUUCUUUAAGGCACUUCCUGCCACCUUGUCCCUCAGACACACAAACACUCUGUGCUCCACCAACGACUCGGGGUGGGGGGAUGAUAUGAAUGUCACAGGAGGCGACACCUUCUGUCCUUGUUUCAAAGAAAGUGAUGUGCCAUUUGUUAAUAUACAAGAGAAAUAUUGAAAAUAUAUUGAAAAGAGCAAUUUUAAAUUAUUUUUGGCUUAUGUUGCAAUAUUUAUUUUCUUGUAUUAGAAAAGAUUCCUUUGUAGAGAAAAACUGUAUUUUUCAUUAACGCAAAGACCUAUUUCUCCUUUUUGUACAUCGUCCAUGUUCGCUCCCCCUAACGAGCAAUAGAAUGUACGGCCGCCUUCUGUGGCCAGUGCCCACGUGCCCUGCAUGACUUUGUGUUACUGCCGCUGCGUAGCUCCCACCCCCAUCCUGUCCUGCUCACUCAUGGGGGUAUCCAGACCCCGGCCGCCACCAGGGCCAGUGUCUCAAGGAGCCCUUUGCACCUCUCGUGUGUUGGCAAACGCAGUUAAUAAAGCAAUGUUUUCUGUG